GCAUGGAGAUUGUGGACAGAAGAGAGGGCACUCGAACUGAUCGAUACAUUGGUGGAGGACUCGUGCAUUUUACCUGAAAUAUUUAGAUGCAUCCAAGCGGAUCUCUUGUGUGUGCAACAACUUCCAGAGUAUCGACCGAACAUGUCAUCAGUGGUUCUAAUGUUGACCAGCGAGAGCGUAUUGCCUCGACUGAAGCAACCAAGUUUUUUGAUAGAAGUACAGAAUGAAGCUCAUCCCUCAUCAAGCAAGAAUGAAUCUUGUUCAGCCAAUGAGAUGAUUGUUUCAUUGUUGGAGGCUCGUUAG